GGAGUGUGCACGACGUCCAAGUCCUGCACAAUUCCCAGCUCUGGAGGCACGCGCAGACUAGCGAGCUCUUCGACGCAACUCCAGAGAAUUUGCCGCACGGUGUCGUCACGCGAGGAUGCCUGCUGGGCGACAACGGUUAUCCUGUUGUCUGACCAUGGAUCGUGCGCAGAUUCUCCGCGCUUUCCAUGACAAGGGAUUCCCGAACUGCUUCGGCGCUAUCGACUGCACACACAUCUACAUCGACAAGCCUGCCGACGCACCUUCUGCCAACUACUACAACCGCAACCACAAGUUCUCCGUGCAGGCGCAGGUCAUUGUGGAUUUGGAUCUCCGGAUCCUAGACGUCCACAUCGGACACCCGGGGAGUGUGCACGACGUCCGCAUCCUGCACAAUUCCCAGCUUUGGAGGCGCGCGCAGACUUGCGAGCUCUUCGACGCAACUCCAGAGAAUUUGCCACACGGUGUCGUCACGCGAGGAUACCUGCUGGGCAACAACGGUUAUCCUUUUGUCUGUCCAUGGAUCGUGCAGCCGAAUGGAGGAAUAGACCAAGGUCCUGACGAGGAGCGCUUCGACAACCGGCAGAAGGUGGCGCGGGGGUGUGUGGAGAGGGCGUUCGGCCGACUGAAGUGCAUGUGGCGUCUGUUCUUGCGCACCCACAAGACGAACCUAGAAACAUUGCCACAACAAUUCGUCGCCGUCUGCACUCUCCACAACAUCCUCCUCGAUGCGGGGAUCGACUUCGAUGAGAACCUGUUAUGGGAGGUGGGUCCGGACGGCGUCAGGCGCAGAGUGGACUUGGGCAUUGUCGGGGGCGGCGGAGGUGAGCGGCCACAGAGCUCCAACGUCAAGGGGAAGUUGUUGCGGAACGCGCUUCGCGACCGCCUAGCUUUGAUUUGCGGCAGGAGCGAAGGUGUGGCGGGUAAGCGAUUUGCGGAGAUGGAUGGCGGAGGCUGCGGCCACGGUCUGCGGGCAGAAGAGAUGGAGGCGGUGGCGAUGGCGGUGUCUACCGUCGUCCUGAAGACGAUGAACGAGAUGUCAUCGUCGUCACGAGACGUGGCGAAGCAGCUCCGUGAACGACGAGCGCUGUUGCAGAGUGUUGUCGAAGCAGCGGAUUGCAUCGUAGCCGCUCUCGCCGCGUUCGUGGAGAAGAAGGUCACGCACUACAGGACGCCAUUGCCAGCGGAGCAGGUUAUCGCUUUCGCGUUGUACAAGUGGGCGUCCGGGGAGACGUACGAGAGUGGCACUUCAGCUUUCGGCAUCGGCAGGGCCGCUGGACUGCAGGCCGUCCGCGACGUCACUUCGGCGCUGCUGCGGGCGUACCCCGACGCCAUCAAGUGGCCAGUCGUCGUGGAUUUGGAUCUCCGGAUCCUAGACGUCCACGUCGGAUACCCGGGGAGUGUGCACGACGUCCACGUCCUGCACAAUUCCCAGCUCUGGAGGCGCGCGCAGACUGGCGAGCUCUUCGACGCAGCUCCAGAGAAUCUGCCGCACGGUGUCGUCACGCGAGGAUACCUGCUGGGCGACAACGGUUAUCCUGUUGCCUGUCCAUGGAUCGUGCAGCCGUAUGGAGGAAUAGACCAAGGUCCUGAUGAGGAGCGCUUCGACAACGGGCAGAAGGUGGCGCGGGGGUGUGUGGAGAGGGCGUUCGGCCGACUGAAGUGCAUGUGGCGUCUGUUCUUGCGCACCCACAAGACGAACCUGGAAACAUUGCCACAGCAAUUCGUCGCCGCCUGCACUCUCCGCAGAGUGGACUUGGGCAUUGUCGGGGCCGGCGGAGGCGGGCGGCCACAGAGCUCCAAUGUCGAGGAGGAGUUGUUGCGGAACGCGCUUCGCGACCGUCUGGCUUUGAUGUAGGCCCUCGCGGAGAGAGAGAGAGAGAGAGAGAGAGAGAGAGAGAGAGAGAGAGAGAGAGAGAGAUGGCAUGGUCCGAUCGGCAGGCGGGKGGKAGUGKGGCGUGCUCCGUGUCCUUCGUCGUCGUCUGCGCAUGCACUGGGUAGAUGUAGUGGCGGCUUUGUUGUCGCCGUUGAGUUAUUUUUUCUAGGUGUCGUCGUGAAGACAGAUUUUGGUGGCUCGCACGGUUGUGCGAAGCUUUGAAAUUGGAAUAACCUUUUUUUUUUUUUUUCUCUUCGCUCAUUUUCUUUUUCGUUUUGUUCCAUUUUUCUUGUCUUCAACGGCGUUCGCCACCUUUUGGAC